UGAAAUCCGGUUUGUGAUGACUCCGUCUUUCUGAAUCACACAAGAUAUGUGUGAGCUCAGUUGCUCGCUCGCUCGAGCCGUUGCGAGCUGCGGCAGUAUAGUCGACGCAGUGCACACCUUGGCACUGUCAGCAGUUGGCCUUUGCUUGGUGGACAGGUUCGGCUUAGUUGAUAAGGUCUUAUGUCACACGGGUAUGUGCAAGAGGACGGGACCUCCAAGGCUAUAGUGGGCUCUGAACCAUGUGACUAUCAACUUGUUGCUUGUGGUAUGAGUCAUGCGGAAGUGCUGGGGUACGGGAUACUCGCCACGUGAGCAUCACUUGUUAGUGAUCACGGUCACCGAUGACACAAUCCGUGUGUAGCGUCUGUGGCUUCUGUUGUAUUGGUUUUAAUGGAGGUGACAGAUGGACUCCUCAGAGAGUACAAGUGAAGGACUUGUCAGUGAUAUAAACCACAUCAACCAGUGCAGUAAUGAACUGGGCAUAGUGGGAUACAUCAACGCUUGUGCUGUCUCCAGCCCUGUGAAGCCUCAUGACAGUGCUUAAGGGAGCAAUGAGGAAGGGAAACAACUGAAACGUAGUGUUUGAGUUAUGCCUUAUAUGCCAUGUGCAUACACAUUGCUUGGAAUUAGGAUCACCUUCUAACGUAAAUAAUCGUUGCGGCUGUAUGAAAUGUUUCAGGGUGAUAAUGAGCAAGAGGCGCAAGCCGCAAGCGGUGUUCGGGGGCUGCAUCUACAACCUGCACGUCAAGCACGCAGACGGCAGGAUCUACUGGAAGUGCCGCGACUACUGGAAGACCAAGUGCGUCUCCGGCAUCUUCACCCAGGGGCCGAACGUGGUCUGCGUCAGGUUCCCUGAGCACAACCACUCGGCGCACGAGCGGGAUUACAGCAGCGACUACGAGUUGGAGGACACGUCUCCAUUCACCGGUGCAGUUUGUGAGCAGCAAGAAGGGCAGGCCGCAGCUGGUGUUCGGCGACCACCUGUACAACCUGUACGGGCUGGACGCAGGCCGCCGCCAGGUGUGGGUGUGCCAGCAGUACAAGCAGCUGCGGUGCCGCGCGCGCCUGCUGCUGGAGCACGGCGCCGUGCAGGUGCGCACGGCCCAGCACAACCACCGGCCGCGCUCCGCCCUCGUCCGCCAGAAGAUGCAGCAGCUGGUCCACCUCGUCUGACCUGGAUGCUGCAGGGGAGAAUCAACCACCGUGGCGUUGUACUUCUGCAGUGUCUUGACUCUCGCACGUUAAGGGUCACGACCGGAUUUCUAAAUCCCGUGCGGAAAAAAGAAAACCGAAACUUCUCCAAAAGUCAUUUGGUGAAAUUUUUUUUUUUUCCGACAUUCGUCGAGUGUUCGAUAAAGAUAUAUAUGAACAUAGCACUUUGGCUCAGCGCUCUAUCUGUGUAGUCGAGUUUAGAAUCACACGUUUCAGAAGAAUUUGUUGUAUCAAAAAAAAAAUACUAU